AUGUCAACAAAACAGUUACUGUGGAGGAUUCAAGUGUAUGGGAUUCUCACAUCAAGCAGAAAUGCAGAAGAAAAUGCACAAGAGUAUGUGGUGUCGGAUGAAGAAGACAAUGGUGUUAGUGGCGACAAUGGUGGUGGUGCUACCAUAGGUAAUAUGGAUGAUGGUGAAAGUAGCAUGUCUAAUGAGCAAGUAGCAUCAGUUGAAUCAAUUGGACAGGAUUUUGAUGAUUUUGAUCUUGAUAUACUGAUAGCAUGGUUGGCCACUGUUGCAGUGGAUAUGUCUAUGCACACGAAAGAACCUAUUAGGGAUAGCUCAUUAUCAAGAGCGCAAUGGAUAAGGGAGGUUCUUCAUGGGCAUUCCGAUAGAGUAUAUGAAGCUUUUAGAAUGGAGAGACAUGUCUUUCUCAACCUUUGUGGUCUAAUGAAGGAAAAAGGUUGGUUGGAAGAUACUCGAUAUAUUGGGGUAGAUGAACAAAUCGGGAUUUUCUUAUCUAUGAUUUGUCACAAGAACUCAAAUAGAGAUUUAUGUGAGAGAUUCCAGCAUUCGGGACAAACUAUAAGCAAAUACUUCACUAAAGUAUUGCAAGCAGUUCUCAAAUUGGCAAAAGAGAUUAUCAUACCACCUUUCUUUGAUGUUGUUCCACAAGAGAUUCUUAUGGAUCCUAAGCAUAAACAUUACUUCAAGGACUGUAUAGGCGCUAUUGAUGGCACCCACAUUCAUGCUUCUGUACCUGUGUCGAAGCAAAUCCCAUUUAGAGGUAGGAAAAGCACCACCACUCAGAAUGUGCUGUGCGUUUGUUCGUUUGAUAUGAAAUUUACUUUUGUAUAUGCUGGUUGGGAAGGCUCUGCCAACGAUUGUCGAGUGCUUGCAGCAGCACUGGAGACUCCUCACUUGGAAUUUCCUCGGCCGCCACCAGGCAAAUACUAUGUCAUGGAUUCUGGUUAUGCAGCUACUCUAGGAUUUUUAACUCCUUUUAGAGGUGACCGGUAUCAUUUAAAUGAGUAUAGGGGCAGAGCGAGACGGCCAACAACUGCAAGAGAAUUGUUCAAUUAUAGGCAUUCUUCUUUAAGGAAUGUCAUUGAAAGAUCAUUUGGAGCAUUGAAGAAUCGCUUUUUCAUUUUGAGGCACAUGCCCUCAUUUGCACUUUGA